AUGAACAUCAUGAAUAGGACUUUCUUCUUCACAUCGGAUUUUUGGGAUGUGAUUCCCUCUUUUGGGGCGCGUCCCGCACGGCUCGGGGUUGUCUCUUUGCUGGACUUUGGUCUCCUCGCUGCGUUUCCUCCCUGGAUGGGCGCAUCGGCCGGCGGAAAAAUCCAUGACCUCUUUUAUAUUUCUUUCUCUCUUUGCUUUCGUCUUGCUAGGAGUAUGGUGGUUCCAUUGCUGUUAUUGCUCACUUAUGAUUUCGCGUUCCCUCAUGAUUUAACUCUGCCACAAAGUCAAGUACUUGCCCUCGUCCUCCCAUGUUCCUGUAUGAUGACCAUCUGUCUGUUGUACUCCUUAGACUGUAUGUAUGUCGAAACUAUGGUUUAUGUGUCUCCCCCUCUUUUGUUUCCUGUUGUGCGCAAGGUUUAG